AUGGUGAAUAUUGAACAUAGACUUACACUAUUCUACUUAGCCAAUGAUGUUAUUCAAUAUAGCAAAAGGAAAAAGUAUGAAUUUGUCGAAAGUUGGGCAACUGCAUUACAAAAAGCCACAACGAUGGUCAGAGAUGAUAAAGUCAAAAAUAAAAUACUGAGAAUAUUUCAUAUAUGGGAAGAACGCGAUGUAUAUAAUGAAGAAUACUUGAGUGAUUUAAGAGGGUUAUUAAAUAUAAAGCCCCUUAAAAAAACUCGCAACCCGAUAGAUAUAUCAGAUUUUCAGCAUACGAACAUUGUUGGUAACAUUCGAGAAUGUAUGGCUUUGUCAACUUGCACAGAUAAGAGUUUCAAAAAUAUUCCCAAAGGACCUAAUUAUGAUUCUGAUGAUGUAAAAUCUAUACAUUGUUUGGAAAUCUAUAAUUCUAACUUGUUAAUCGAAAUUAAUAGUAGGAAGGCAUUACUUUCUAAUUUGGAAACAGCUAUUAAGUUCUAUACACAUCAGCGAGGCGAAGUCAAAGUUGUAGUCAAUGCAUAUAAAAACUUUGGAUCUCGAGUAAAACAAGUAAAAAAAAAACUGGACGAUAUAUUACCGAGUUUGUGUAGUCCUAUACCAUCGCCUGAUAUCGAUGCUCCUUCGCCAGAACGAGAUGCAGAUUUGCAAUUACCUGAUGAACAGUCAUCGAUAUCAAUAAAUAUGAUAAAAAGUACAUUUAAUGGAUAUACAAGUUAUUUAGACGGAAAUUUACCAUUUGAUAUAAAUGAUUUCAAAAGUGAUGACAUCGCAUCAAAAACUCCAAGUCAGCCUAUUGAAGUUAUUAGUUCACGUUCUGAUGAUGAAAGUUUUAAUUCAAGUGGUGAAUACUACAAACCGGAACCACUCAGCACUUAUCACAAUCCUAUGCCUGUGCCACCCGUUCAGUCUGAAUACGCAUCACUUGCACGAACACCCCAACAGUAUAAUAAUGCGCAGUAUAGCAGUGGUUACUCACCGCACGUUCCCACAUAUUCAACAAAUAAUUACAAUAAUAAUAAUAGUGAAAGCGGUUCUUAUGGUACCUCAAAUUGUUCAAAUCUUGGAAAACCGCUAAUGCCACCACCUCCGCCAAUACUGUCAACAUCAAGAACAGAUGUAGGGAAUGGUUCACAAACAAAUACUUCAAAUAACUUCAGUUCUUGGAAUUUAUCAUGGACUACAUCGAGCACUUUAGAAACUCCAGUUUCUCCCCCCCAUUUUGAGCGUGAAGCUCAUAGUUCUAAUUCAUCAACCAUUGAAUAUACAGAAAACGAUUCGGAUUUAAUAUCUGUGCAAGAUGUUGACCAUCGCAAAGUUAAUUUAAGUGCCACAGCUAAACUUGCAUUAGGCAAAGAUCCAAAUCGACAGUUAGAUAUAGAUCACAGAAACUUAAUAUCAUUAACAGGAUCACCUAUAUCGAGUGAUGGUGAUAAGAAUUCAUGGCUCUCUGCAGAACAAAGUUUUCAGACAAAUAAAACGGGUGAUAUAGAUUAUCGAACUGGACCAGCAAAAAUUCAGAAGAUGAAUGAAGUCAAUCAUAUAUCCUCUCCCAAUACUUCGCCUACUAAAAUACCUUCAAUUAUUUUAAACUUAAAUAAGUCACCUCCGCAAAGAAGCAAUGCGAGUUCAUCAUCGGAAUCUCAAAAGGAAGAAAUCAGUGCACCGCAUGAUCCAAUUGAUAUGGUUAUUGAUAUGGAUAUGUCAGAUGAAGAUUUGGAUGAAAUUAUAAGAGGUUGGUUUUUAAAAGUCAUUUAA